GAAAACCAAAAUUUUGGUUGUGACUUGUGGCAGCUUCAAGAAAUUUUCUUUGCUGUGAAACUGCAAUUUAAAACGCUAGUAAACUGCGGCUUCGCUCAUCAGUGAACAGAAACGAUUGACCGUCAGCCGCUAUCUCACAACGAAGAAAAAAAAUGCAAAAAUACGAGAAACUCGAGAAGAUUGGUGAGGGAACAUACGGAACUGUUUUCAAAGGUAAAAACCGAGAUACCCUGGAAAUCGUGGCACUGAAACGAGUUCGUCUGGACGAAGAUGAUGAGGGUGUUCCGAGUUCGGCACUGCGUGAGAUUUGUUUGCUUAAGGAACUGAAGCAUAAAAACAUUGUUCGACUGUACGAUGUGUUGCAUUCGGAUAAAAAGCUAACUCUCGUCUUCGAGCACUGUGAUCAGGAUCUCAAAAAGUAUUUCGACAGUCUGAAUGGGGAGAUUGAUCCUGAUGUAGUGAAGAGUUUCAUGUACCAGUUGCUGCGUGGGCUAGCGUUUUGUCACAGUCACAAUGUUCUGCACCGGGAUUUGAAACCGCAAAAUUUACUUAUUAAUAAAAAUGGAGAACUGAAGCUAGCUGACUUUGGGUUGGCUCGCGCGUUUGGUAUUCCUGUUAAGUGCUAUUCAGCCGAAGUUGUAACGCUAUGGUAUCGACCCCCGGAUGUUCUGUUUGGAGCAAAGUUGUACACAACAAGCAUCGAUAUGUGGUCUGCUGGUUGUAUUUUUGCUGAGUUGGCUAAUGCUGGUAGACCACUUUUUCCGGGAUCGGACGUAGAUGAUCAGUUGAAAAGAAUUUUCAAAUUGCUUGGAACACCUACAGAAGACACUUGGCCUGGUAUUACUCAACUAUCAGAUUACAAGCCUUUCCCGCUCUAUCCUCCAACCACGUCCUGGAGUCAAAUUGUGCCCCGCCUGAAUUCUAAAGGACGAGAUCUGCUACAAAAACUAUUGGUCUGCCGUCCAACACUGAGACUGAGUGCAGAGCAGGCGAUGGCACAUGCGUAUUUCACGGAGAACUGAAAGCGAUUAUAGCAGUUGAAACUGUUUCUUACCAGUAGCGGCGGAAGCACCAGCGGCGGCAGUAGCAACCGAAAAUCGAGCAGUUUUUCAGCGGCAUCUGGAGUCGCGAUGGAUCCGAUUGAUGAAUAGUUCCGUUUGUCGAACGGUUUUGGUCUAUCAUACAGCAUCGCUGCUGUAUUUUUUAGUCGCCUUCGUCUAGCCGAUUGUAUAACGAUUCUCCGUAAACUAUUCCGCAGGAAAAAGCCGCAGCUUUUUUCUUAGAAUGUAUCAAUAAUCAAAAAUACAGUAGACUAAUAAGUACUAAUCCCCAGAAAACUACAAAGUACAAAUCCGAGAAAGUGUCGAUUUCCGCGAAACAAAAUUAUCCGUUAGCAGUGGCGACUCGUCCGCAUGUUCUACCCUGGACAGGUAACGAAAUUUAAUCUUAUGUAGUUCCAUUUUAUUUAACUACGAAACUGACGAGUAAAACGUUCAACACGACGAGCACGUUGGUUCAGCGAUCUCAUUGAACAAGCAUACCAAUUAAGCAUGUUGUUAUUCUUGAGUUCGGUUCAAUAGGACCAUUGAACAAAAGGAUUCGGAUCAUAGCUAAAAUUGAUACAACAGUUACGGUGAAGCUUCUCUUUCGCCGAUUGAAAAAUUACAUGAGGACAACAAUGGGGAAAACCGAGUUAUAAGUUUGAUUCUGAUGGCAGUAAGUUCCUUAACGAGCUUAUGCAAAUGCCCUCAUUUUAUAAGGAAAUGAUAGACGAAUUUGCUUGUAAAGUAAACCGUCGUAUUCCGUUGUUAUUUGAAUAAUGUUUGAAUAUGUUUGUAUGAUGGUUUAAGUAUGAAAUGCAAUAAUAAUAAAAGCUGCAUUUUGAUUUGUUUUUGUACCCACGAGUCACCACUGUCCGUUAGUGUGGCACGUAAUUUUCAGCGGAAGUAAAGUUUUAUACAAUUGAACAAUUGUAUAUGAGCUAUAUUUUACGUUUUGCAGAUUGAUUCAGUGUAUUAGCUUAGGAUAUUAUAUUAUUAACAAUUAGCCUAAUACUGACGAAUAGUAAACAUUAUGCAUAAUAGACAUACCUCACAUAAUCUCUAAAAUAUAAAUAUAUUCAUGGUCAUCCUCUGAUGGAUUGUAAGUGUAGCGUGUAUAAGUAAGAUCUCCCACCCGGUUGGUUUCGAGGUAGAAUACUGGCUUAAUCAACCAGUCAUCGUACGUUUUAAUCGCGACUGGGAACGACUGUUGUUAGAGUCAAUAGGGUCAUAGCAUUGGUCCAGCAAUUGUCCUGUACAAUCUGAAAUCUGUCGAAUAAAAAGCAGAAAGUCAGAUUCCGAAAAUGGAAUGUAGUAGUACCGAGAUUUUUCUAUGCUUUUGAGUGUUCACUUAAUAGGGUAUUUAAAACAUUUGUCAGUUAAAACUGAACUACGAAUUUUAUGCUGUCAUCACGGAUGACAGGAUGGCAUUCAAGUUGUCCAAAUAGGUCAUUUUGAAUUAGGUAUUAAAGGCUUUUGCUUUUGGAUAACAGAUCCAUGCAAAAAAUAGGGGAUCGUCCCUAGAAGUCAGUAAAGUUAGCGAAACAAGAAAAAAGACAAAAUUAGAGGUGAAUUCUUUCCAGCGUUGUCUCGUUCUAAAAUCCUAGUGAAGAACCAUCAAAUAAAAUUAUCAAGGAUCGUUUCAGGUUGGUUGAAGUUAUCACAUUCAAAAUUGGAAUUUGAUUUUUCAAGUCCCUUAUUUGAUACUGAGGUAUCAUCAAGUUAAGACAUUGGCGUCCAAUGAAAAGUUCAAGCUGUUGUUGCGUUGGCAUAUUAAUUAAUAGUUAUAGGAAAUAUGAAACGACGAUUUAUAACUAGUCUUGUAAACGCUAAUCUUGUAACCCAAAACCGGAAGCUGGGUCGCAUAAUUUAAUUGAAAAAUCAUUCCUAUUUCAUCAUGGUAAAACUUAGAUGCUUACCGGGAUAAACGAAAAUUAUGAUUUUAAUACGUGUGGUAUGCCAAACAUAAGUGUAUAACUUUAAAUUUGGGAAGACUAAUUGCAUAAUUCGAAGUUGGGUGAUU